GUUCAGGUUCCCGCUCUUUCCCAUCUUGCAAGAUGGCGGGUGAAAAGAAAACCGAGAAGCCGGAUGCUAAGGAGAAGAAGCCCGAUACUAAGGAGAAGAAGCCUGACACUAAGGAGAAGAAACCUGAAGCCAAGAAGAAGGCCGAUGCCGGCGGCAAGGUGAAGGCCCCUAAGAAGGGGAAGCCCCACUGCAGCCGAAACCCCGUCCUCGUCAGAGGAAUUGGCAGAUACUCCCGGUCGGCGAUGUAUUCGAGAAAGGCCAUGUACAAGAGGAAGUAUUCGGCCCCUAAGUCCAGGAUUGAAAAGAAAAAGAAGGAGAGAGUUCCUGCUACUGUCACAAAACCAGUUGGUGGCGACAAGAAUGGUGGUACCCGAGUGGUUAAACUCCGCAAAAUG